AUGCCGCUUGCUAAAUCGACCGUAAAGUUUCAAAUGUUCUCAGUGGAGUCUAUUCCUAUUGUACAGCAGGCUGUUGCUGCGUCUGCGCUCUCUCCCUCUGGUGGCACGCCCAACCUGGUUGGUGUCUCUCAAUCGAAGAAGCAACAACAGAAUUCGCCAUCAAUCACUUCACCCAAUGCCAAUAGACCGCUAUCUAAUACCCAAUCACCCGUUGUAUCCAGUAAUACUGCUGGAUCGAAAACCUACUCAUUGAUGGAACAGAUGAGUAAGAAGAUUCAACAAAACAUUCCAUCUGUAUUAACAAACAUUGGAAAACAUCAACAACAAUAA